AUGUGGCCAGUUGGGACGGUCGUCUUUUUGUUAGCAUUAUUUGCAGUUGUCAGGAUAAGAGCACUCUGUUCUAUGAAGAAUCUUCCUCGAUUUGAGGGGAGUUUAUAUUUUAGUGAAUACAUCCAUUAUGUUCUGUCAUGGGACUGUCAGUUAACGGUAACACGAAGUUGGAACGGUGAUUCUUUAGAAAAAUUCAACGUUUCAUCAGAUCGGCUACAUCUUUGCAAAUCAGAUGGUGCAGGAAGUCCUAUACAUUAUGUUGAGGCACAAACUGACGGAUCUCAAGCACCAUUCUUAGUGUUCAUUAUUCGUUUUGAUAAACUAAGUGGAACUAAUAUGAAUAUAUGGCGAGUAGUGAGAAUAAAUAUUUCUGCAAUAAUUCAUCGUAAACGUUUACGUCGUACAAUUCUAGACAGUAUUUAUACAGAUUAUUUAAAUCUUUCUACAAAGUACCAUAUUCGAACUUGUGCUUACGAUUCUAUGAAUCGUAUAAUUUGUUUUUGGCAGGAUGGCGAUGGUCAAUAUGCACAGUUGUAUAAAUUAUUCAUAAUUAAUAAUAUAACUUCUGAAUACAGAGCAGUCAAUGAAGCACAUUAUUUGGGAGGAAAAUCAAUUUAUGGUAAAGUAGUUGGCAGUUUACCAGGUGCUGUUCCACGAGUACUUACUUAUGAACCCUCACAACCUUCUUGGCUAUUUGAAGUACCUGUAAUGACUAAUAUUACCAGAAAAGAACGAAGAAUUCAAGAAAUGCGUCAAAUAGGAAAAAUGAAAGGCAAAUUGACGCAAGUAGCAGCGAUGAGUAAACAAUCGUUUUUGAUUGGUGACUGCCGUGAUUCGUUGUGUGAGUAUCGAUAUAGUUUGCUGAGUUUGACUGCGAAAGCGCUAGUAACGUGUGUUUUCACAUCGAAUGUAGAUGUUAUUUCUGGUUUGUUUCAAGUGCCACAACAGUUGCUUAUUUCAAUACAAGCAAAAGCUGGCACAGCACAGAUUGUCGAACCACUGGUCACUAGCGAAAUUAUGCAAAAAACAAUUAGUAUAAAGUGGUUAGACAAUUCGAUGGUGAUCAUCUAUGCAUUAACCGUGGCAUCAGUGCUUUUUGCAAAUAUUUUUAUCGAACUUUUGAUUCUAUUUCUGCCAUCAGAGAAGAUACCUAUUUUUGAACAGAAUUGUACGGUUAUUUACAAAUACUUAUUCCCUGGCUUAGACACAGGUAUAUAUUUUUACUCACAUAUUUAUGUUUAA